GGGGUUAAAGGAAAGAAAGAAGGGAGGAAGAGGAGGGUGAACCUCCUGAAAGACAUAAAUAGGCAAAAGAGGACCUAAAGCUUCGCAGUCACUCGUCCCGACAGCCACAUCCACUGCUCUCCUCUCCCCCUUUCCUCACUCCCAGCCCUCCUCUCCACUCAUCUGCUGCAAAUCUUCCUUCAUCUGGAAUCUUGAGCAAAACCUGUCUUCUAUUCUCCCAACUCUAUCAUGGAAACCCCAACAAAUUCUCUCUCCUUCCCUGAGAUCCUCCGCCACCUGCUCAUGGUGAUGUUGACCCUGGGCCAGGGUGUUCGUCCGAUGCCCGUUCCUACCGACGUGCCCAUGUGCGCAGUCUCAGAACCAGCUCAGUACAGAAUAACGUUCACCGGUAAAUGGACCCAAGCAGCUUUCCCAAAGCAGUACCCUGUGUACCGGCCCCCUGCACAGUGGUCCAACCUCAUUGGGGUGACCCACAGUUCCGACUACCACAUGUGGCAACGUAAUGAGUUUGCCAGCAAUGGAGUGAGGGAGUUUUCGGAGAAAGGCGAAGCCUGGACGCUCAUGAAGGAAGUCGAGACGGCCGGCGAACGCAUCCAGAGCGUUUAUGGGAUCUUCUCUGCUCCUGCUGUUGUGGGAGGAACGGGCCAGAUGAGCACUGAGUUUGAGGUCCUCGCCAGACACUCUUAUUUGUCGUUUAUCGUGCGGCUCGUUCCUAGCCCGGACUGGUUUGUGGGCGUGGACAGCGUUGACCUGUGUGAUGGCGAUCAGUGGAAAGACAGUGUGACUCUGGAGCUCUUCCCAUACGACGCAGGAACUGACAGCGGCUUCACAUUCUCUUCUCCCAACUUUGAAACAAUCCCGCAAGACAAAAUCUCAGAAAUCACUUCCUCUUUCCCCAGCCAUCCUGCCAAUUCCUUCUUCUAUCCCCGUGUGAAGCACCUACCUCCCAUUGCCAAGGUCACGUUCACAAAAAUAAAGAAAACUAAUCAGAUCAUAGGCCUUCCAGUGGAGCCCACCCAGUCCAACCUUCUGCCGACAGGAAAUGAGAUCGAAGACAAGCUCAUAAACACCCCUCUGGACUGCGAGGUGUCGGUCUGGUCUCCGUGGGGCUUGUGCAAAGGCAAGUGUGGAGACUCAGGUGUGCAGCACCGCACGCGUUACGUCAUCAUGCAUGCAGCCAACAACGGCGCAGCCUGCCCCCUGCUGGAGGAGGAGAGGAAGUGCUUCCCGGACAACUGCUUAUGACUAAGCCAGGACAGGAGGGAGGCAAAGAAGAGGAAGGAGAGAAGAAAGAAGAGAGAGAGGAAAUCCAGGAAUGGGAGGAAGGGACACAGACGAACAAGCAACUAUAAAAGGUCUGCCGUAUAUUCGCACGAGGCAUAAGCUUUAAGAACAACCAUUUCCUUUCAUACCGACUGAAUUUCAGUCAUCGAGGGAAAGAGUGACUGGAAAGAAGAAUUGUCCUCCUCAGGUCAUUGUGAUACGACUGAAAGUGCUGAAAAGGUGUAGUUUGGCAAAAGAGCUACUAGAUACCACUUUAGUCUUGUCAGAUUAUCAGGUGGCCUGGAGAUAAAACGGUAAGGUUUUAACGGGGCCAUAAGCUGAAAACAUGAUAACUAUGUAUGUCUAGACAUUUCUUUGUGAAGUAUCUUUUUAAAUGGUAUCAUUUAAAAACCAAAUAAUAUCAGACUAGAGAUACGUGAGAACAAGAGAACCAAUUGAAAGUUUACAUGUUUACAAGCAUAUUGUAGUUGUUUUCCUUCAGAAAAAACAUUUUUAUUCACAGGAUUUUACCCUGUGGUGUACAGUAUAUGAAAUAGGAAAGUUAUAAUUUGUAUUCCAAUACAUUAUGUCAUUAAGAUAUACAUAUAAAAUAUAAAACAGGUUUUUGUAAUAAAAAAGAAAACAUGCAAGAAAUUUGGAAAAAAAAUGUAUAUGCCUUCUGUAAAGAUCAAU